CAAGAUUGCAGAGAGAUAUAUUCUGAACUAUAUAUAUCAAUCAAUUUGUUUACGAUUAGUACGAUAAGAUCGUGGAACGAGAUUUGAGUCACCUUUUACAAUCAAAUUUUUCAGCGAUGAUCAAAAUUAUCGUGCUUUUAGGCAAACUUGAAAAAUGUUUUAUACCACUUAUUUUAAAUUCAACUUGUGAGACAGUGUUUAAAACUUAAUAACAAGAAAAAUGUUUUCAAGUGCAAGAUUAAUAAAAUUAGCGCUUCUCACAAAUUCGAUCAAAGAGCCAUUUCUUAAACGGAGCAUUAAUUCAUCAUCUGUCGGGAUUUUGGGAGCUCCUUUCAAUAAAGGUCAGCCAAAAGAAGGAGUUGAAAAAGCACCAGAUGCCUUAAGAAAAUUAGGUUUGAUCAAAAAUUUAACACAGUUAGGUGUUAAUGUAAAAGAUUUUGGAAACAUUCAGUUUGAUCAAGUUGCUGAUAAGUCAACAGAAACUUUUGGCAUCUUGAAAUUCCCUUUAACAGUUGGAGCAGCUUGUAAAAAAGUGUCAAAUGCUGUGAAGGAAGUAUUACAAGAAAAUAGAAUAUGUGUAACGAUUGGUGGUGAUCAUAGUUUGGGUCUUGGAACUAUUCAUGGCCAUUCAGAAAUAAAUGACGUCUGUGUUUUAUGGGUGGAUGCUCAUGCGGACAUUAAUACUCCUGGCACAACUUAUUCAGGUUUUAUGCAUGGCUUACCGUGUUCAUUUUUUGUGGAAGAGCUUCAAAAAUACCAGUGUCAUUUGGAAGGUUUUGAUUGGGUUACUCCGAGGAUAAAGAAAGAGAAUCUUGCUUACAUCGGAUUAAGGGACAUCGAUCCUCUAGAGAAAUUAAUCUUAAUGAAAGAAGGUAUUCUUCAUUUCACCAUGGCUGAUGUAGAUAAGCUGGGUAUUUACGAAGUGACAAGACGAGCAUUAGAAGCAAUUAAUCCCAGCGGUAAAUUGUCGCUUCAUGUUAGCUUUGACAUUGACGCUAUUUGUAAGCUAGAAGCUCCUAGUACAGGAACGCCAGUUGUUGGUGGAUUAACUACAAGAGAAGCAUUCUGUUUAGCAGAAGAGAUAGCAAACCUAGAGAAUUUCAAAGCACUUGAUAUUAUGGAAAUAAAUCCUACGCUGGGAACUCGAACUGAAAUUGAUAAUACUCUUGAUAUAGGAAUGAAAUUGAUCAAAGCCUUUCUCGGCCACUCAAGAAGAGGGAGCCCACCUGCAAAUGUUACAGAUAUACCAAUUGCGCGUCAAUGAAGUGGUCCAUUAAGAUUUCAAUGGUUUUACACAGAUUCUAUAAAUUGUAUUCAUAUUUUCAUUCAACACUUCGUUUUCUUGAAUCUCAAAAGCUUCCAUGAAUCUCAUAUCAUGUACGUUUAUUUAUUAUUAAUAUUUGCUUUUUUUAAAUAAAAGUCACAAGUAAUGGUA